GACGUCUGGGCGUCCCACGCGCUGGAGCUGCGGCCCGCGGAGGUCGUGCUGCGGCACCGCUACGACGCCGCGGCGCGGACCUGGUCCCGGGACCCGUCGCUGGUCAAGGUCGACGGCCGCGUCUUCGACGAGGGCGCGAUGCGGCGGUGCUACCGCGCGAAGAAGCUCAACUUCGGCUACGUGCAGCGCUACCACGCCCUCGAGUGGCGCCGCGUGCCCAACUUCGUGCUCAAGGAAUAUAAAAAACCGGCGGACGACGGCGACGACCGCCGCGCGUUCGACGACGUCGAGACGCAGACCGAGGCGGCGCUCUGGGCGGACCGGUUCAACGCGCUGCGGCCGCCGAAGCCCAUCAAGAUGAUCGCCUGCUGCGUGUUGGAGUUUCAGCGGCGCCCGGGGUCGCCCAAGUUCUGCGCGGAGCGCUUCAUCGACGGCACGGACGCGCGGGGCUUCGGCUUCGUGAAGCACAACUCGAACUCGGGCUACGUCGACGACAGCGAGCGGCGGCUCACGCCCCAG